AUGGACCGUUGUCUUAUUGAUCUCAUGCUUGAGCAGGUCAAUAGAGGAAACAAAGUUGGUGAGACCUUCACAGAGCAAGCUUGGGCGGAGAUGGCAGAAUCCUUCAAUGCAAAGUUCGGAUUGCAGACUGACAUGUUUACGCUGGAGAAUCGUUACAUAUUGAUGAUGAAAGAGCGUGACGACGUCAACAACAUCCUUAAUCUUGAUGGCUUUGAUUGGGAUGGAGAGAAGCAAAUUAUAGUUGCUGAAGAUGAACAUUGGGAAGCUUAUAUAAAGGAACAUCCAGAUGCAACUAUAUAUAAAGGUAAAACCUGGGAGAGUUAUGGUGAUUUGUGCAAGCUAUAUGAACAUCUCUCACACGAAGGCUUCAACUGUGAGAAUCUUAUGAUCGAGUUGGAUAACUAUGGCCAUGAGAUUGAUAUGGUCGAUGACUUUAGUUCUUCUACUCACAAGCAGCAUUGUAAGCGAACCAACCCAAUUUCAAAUCCGGGGAUAGAUGCACGUAAGGCUCAGAAGACGGAGUGGAGAUGAUGAGGAAGCCUCUAAGUGAGGCAGAAGGUGAAGGCGAGGAUAAAUUCACAAGAAUACAGAACGCCGUUGAUGCACUACAAGCUUUACCAGACAUGGAUGAUGAGCUUCUACUGGAUGCUUGUGAUCUUUUAGAAGAUGAGAAGAGAGCAAAGACGUUCUUGGCUUUGGACGUCUCUUUAAGAAGGAAAUGGCUAGUGAGGAAGCUCCGUCCUCCUUCGUCUAACGCCUAACGUUUAAGCAGUGUGUGUGUCUCUCUAUUUCUACUCAAAUUUGUAAGCACAGCAGAAUAGUUUAUGUAAUGUUGUAAAAGUAUGUGGUGAUCUUAGAUACACGAUCAAAAGCAAGAGUUUAGGUUAUCUAACUUGCAUUGUUAGAUAUGAAUAGUUCAA